CCUCUCUCGGCUCUUUAGUUAUAUUUUAACUUUAGGGUGACACAUUGAGGAACUCACCUGUCCUGGUCUCCUCUCAAGCAGCAGGACCACGUCGCGCAGCUCACCUGCUCGAGAACCUGUACAGCCUUCUAAGUCACCAUGUCCGACCGGAGCGCAUUCGACACUAAUGUCGUUACCCUCACGAGAUUCGUGCUGGAGGAGGGAAGGAAGGCGAAGGGAACGGGAGAACUGACAACGCUCCUCAACUCCAUCUGCACAGCCGUAAAAGCCAUCUCCACCGCUGUCAGGAAAGCUGGGAUUGCCAACCUGUAAGUGUUGCUGCAUGCAACAAGUGAUACUGUCAGUGAUAGUGUUCGUCGCAUUAGUCUAUAUGUAAUAUUUAUCAACUGAGCGGAGGAGGACGAUAAGUAAGUAAGCAUUUCACUGUUAGUCCACACCUGUUGUUUACGAAUCAUGUGACGAAUAACAAUGAAUUUGAAGUAUUUCAUAACUGAUCAACAGUGAUUUUGCAGAAAUUGUGAGUUACUACCAACCAACUAUGCACCGGGGCGGGGAGACUCAAAUCAAAUAUUUACAUUGUGCCUGACUGUCCAUCUAAUCUGUUGGCCAUAAUACCGUUGUCAACCUCGACUCAGGUCAAUGUCCACGUUUAUGCAUCUUUGGAUGUUGUUCUUUUAAUAUGAAAUAAUAAUAUAAAUGCCAUUUAGCAGACGCUUUUAUCCAAAGCGACUUACAGUCAUGUGUGCAUACAUUUUUACGUAUGGGUGGUCCCGGGGAUCACUACCCUGGCAUUACAAGCGCCAUGCUCUACCAAUUGAGCUACAGAGACCACAUGCAAGCCAAGGCUAUUGGAAUACAGUAGGCUACUCACAAAUCAUGCAUGUAUUUCCUCGUGAGACAUUAGGAGGAAGUAGGCCUAUUACCUGUUUAUCAGGCAUUUCUCUGUGCCCUGUGUGUUCUAUCAGAGACUGCAUUCCCACUGACACAAAGCAGUGGCCACUUCCCCCCAAUUGUAUGACAGAGAUAGGCCUAGUGAUAUUACUGCUCUCACAUGUCUGUCCCUCUCUCCCUGCCCUCCCCCUCUCUCCUUCUCUCCCUCACCUGUCCUUCUCUCCCUCCCUCCCCCUCUCUCCUUCUCUCCCUCACCUGUCCUUCUCUCCCUGCCCUCUCUCCUUCUCUGCCUCUCUUCCUCCCUCCAGCUAUGGCAUUGCUGGGAGCACCAACGUGACAGGUGACCAGGUGAAGAAGCUAGAUGUUCUGUCCAACGACCUGGUCAUCAACAUGAUUAAGUCCUCCUUCACCUCCUGUGUCCUGGUGUCAGAGGAGGACGAGAGGGCACUCAUCGUGGAACCAGAGAAACAGGUGCGUGUGGGAGGACAGAGUAGUGCAUGUGUGUGUGUGUGGCCCAGAUUGAAGUUGGGAUAUGUCUUGUGACAUCAAUGUGACAAUGUCCUUUUUAUUUAUUUCACAGGGAAAAUAUAUUGUGUGCUUCGACCCACUUGAUGGCUCGUCAAACAUUGACUGUCUUGUAUCAAUUGGAACAAUUUUUGCCAUCUACAGAAAGGUUGGUGUUUGUUUUGUUUCUGGUGUUUUCUCUAUGAUUCCUCUAUGCCCCAAACAUACAUUCGAUAUUCUGUCUCAGACAUUCUGUUUCAGCCUCAGACAUUCUGUAACAUUCUGUAACAUUCUGUUUCAUUCUCAGACACAUUGUUUGUCUCAGUCACACCAUAGUGCCAGUUUCUACUGUAGUUAGGCUGUUUCACUGUUCUUCUGUUAUUUUUGGUAACAACUAUCCUCAUGUUUGUCUCCCAGACUACAGACGAUGAGCCCAAUGAGAAGGACGCACUGCAGUCUGGACGUCACAUUGUUGCCGCCGGUUACGCCCUCUACGGCAGUGCCACCAUGAUGGUGCUCUCCACAGGGCAAGGGGUCAACUGCUUCAUGCUGGACCCUGUAAAUUCCAAAUCAAAUCAAACUUAAAGGAGAAGUUAACCCCAAAUCCAGAAACGGCCAAAUUAUUCCAUACAUUGAAACUAGUUCAGUGCAGUUAGCCCUCUCCCCCUCACUCUCCCUGGAUUGCAGAACUGAGACAGCUGUAAAAAAAAAAAAAAAAAAAAGGGUCAUGUGACAUUGCUGGAUGCAGGCCUUACUCUGCAGGCCUUACUCUGCUCCAUUGUCAGUGAAGUCAUGAUUCACAAAUCCGCGAACUGUGGACAAAUUCAUUGUCUUAUUGAAAGCCUACUGUCGAAUUAGCUAUUUUUGUCGAAAGUACUAUCAGUGUUGAGUCAGGAAAUGUGUACUUAUCCACCUAAAACAUUUGCGAUUAUUUUAUAUCAUUACUUUAUGUAGCCGACUGCCAGAGCAGCGGAAAUGGGUAACAACUGCACAGGUGCGCCCUCGUGGGGGAAACCCUGCUCACGAUAUGCCCUUAUAUGGAGCUUGAUGUCAGUUUUAUUUGGUGGGAGAAGGAGCUGGCACUUCAGUCAUGAUGCAUAUGAACAAGAUAUGAAAUCUGAAAUGAUGAGGACAGAAAACCGAAGGAUACUGUUCAUAGAGGUUUAUGAUAAGUGAUCAUUCAAUAAGGUAAAGUUUAGCUACUUACUCAUUAGAUAACUGUUCAUUUGGUCCAGCUUGAACAGGGGUGCAUCUCCAAUUCCUUUUUGGAAUACGGAAAAUGUUUCCAGGACACCAGAGUUUUUGUGGGCAGCAAAAUCCCUGUGGUCCCAAAAGCAAAUUAGCUGCUCCUCAUAAUCAAUAAGUUCCUCCAUGUCUGUAAGAAUUGUAGUCACGUGUUUGAAUUCUCUGCAGCACGAACAUUCCUAAUUUGUCGGCAUUGGAGCGCAAUUGCCACAACUACACCACCAAUCUGUGUUGAUCCUGGGGAUGGGUUGGGGCUCUGGUCCAGCUGCCGCUGCGGCCUCAGUUUCUAAAACGGUGGCUGCCAUCCGAAGUUCUUUGUCAGAAUAGGCUACUCUGGCUCAAAUAAAUAAGGUUUGACAACAUCGACGCCCCUCCUGUAGGCUGCUCCUCCUCUUCACUCGCGACUCUUUCGUCGUCAGACAUGUUCUUGGUUGUUUUUUUUGUAUCCUCAAUACUGCUACCCCACCAAAAACUUGAAUCUGCGAGGGGGGGUGCUGUGUUACCCAUUUCCGCUGCUGUGGCAGUCGGCUACAUAAAUAAUGAUAUAAAAUAAUCGCAAAUAUUUUAGGUUGGAAAGUACACAUUUCCUGACUCAACUGAUAGUACUUUUGACAAAAUUAGCUCAUUUGGACGUAUGCUUUCAAUAAAAUAAGGAAUUUGUCCAUAGUUCGCGGAUUUGUGAAUCAUGCAUUCACUGACAACGGAGCAGAGUGAGUCCUGCAUCCACCAACGUCACGAGUCACGUGACCCGUUAUUGCAGCUGUCUCAGUUCUGCACUCCAGAGAGGGGGAGAGGGCAAACUCCACUGAAUGAGUUUCAAUGUAUGGAAUCACUUGGGAGUUUCUGGAUUUUGGGUAAACUUAAAAAAGUUAAAAUAGCAACACACUACAGUAAAACAGCAAUAAAAGAUGAAUAAAUGUACAUGAAAACACAAAUGAUAUCUAAAUCCAAUGAAGUCCAUGAAGUUGCUCAGUCAUGUCCUUGUUCUGUCUGUUUAGGCCAUCGGGGAGUUCAUCCUGACAGACAAGGAUGUGAAGAUCAAGAAGAGAGGAAAGAUCUACAGUCUAAACGAAGGUUAUGCUCAGCACUUCUACCCAGACGUCACAGAGUACCUGAAGAAGAAGAAAUACCCAGAGGUAAUUCACUAACUAUAAACCUGAAAGGGCAGAGGGCAUACGUUUUACACUGUAAUUCUGAACCAUUCACUCUUUGGGUACUAUUAAGUGACCAAAACUACUGAAAUAUGCCUGAUAUGUGGUUGUCUUACCUACUUUUAAAUGCACCUAUUGUAAGUUGCACUAAAAAAGAGCAUCGGCUAAAUGACGAAAAUAUUAAAUAACAGAAUGUCUGGGACCAAAACUGAAGUGAUGACUUCAGUUAUUUAAUUAUUACUAACUUUAUAUUGCUUUGUGUUUCCAGGAUGGCAGUGCCCCCUAUGGUGGGCGUUAUGUUGGUUCAAUGGUGGCUGAUGUGCACAGGACUCUGGUGUAUGGAGGCAUCUUCUUAUACCCUGCCAAUGUCAAGAGCCCCAAGGGAAAGGUGAGUCAGGCAGAGCUCUUCAGUUCAUAUAAAUGAAUAUCUAGUAAUAAAAAUAAAACUCAAAUGUUACAUACAAGUGACCAGAAGAGGGCUGGCUGUGCCCAAGAUAUGGUCAAUAUAAUGAUCAAUAAGACAAGUUUAUUCAAGUGUAGGAUGAACGAGAACUUUUCUCAGUAUAUUGAAGUGACUAACCAUCGUCUCUCUUCCACCCCACCCUGUGUAGCUAAGGCUGCUGUACGAGUGCAACCCUAUGUCGUUCAUCAUCGAGCAGGCUGGAGGCAUGGCCACCACAGGGGAGAUGAACGUGCUGGACAUCCAGCCAGACAACAUCCACCAGCGGGUGCCUGUAGUCCUGGGCUCCCCUGAAGACGUCCAGGAGUACAUCGCCAUCUACAAGAAGACACGCAUGUGAGACAGCGCUGGAGCCUUCUCUGGAUCCAUCAUGACCUGCUUGUCCACGAGGGUCGACCUUUGACCCUGACCCUAAGCUAGUAAUCUUUGCAUCAUAUGGAUGGAGCUGUGGAUAUAUAUAUAUAUAUAUAUAUAUCAUAGAAUAUAUAUAUCAUACCCAGUUGUUUAGAAGUUGAGGUGAUUUGUUGAUCAGAUAAUCAGUGCAGUGCUGUCCUCUGGAUGAUCCUUGUGAACAAGCAGAGUAGUAUUUUAUUUCCACAGACCUGACCAUCUGACCAACCAGGUCUGGGUCCAAAGACACUGGAGGGGGAAAGAGUUUAGGGGGAGUCAGUCAGAGACCCUAGGGUGCAUCUCAGUAGUCUGAAGUGGCUUUUGCUUCUCUUUUCUUCUCCUUAUACUCUUAUCUGACAAGAUCAGAGAUGGGUGAGAGAGGGGAGGAAGCCUAUAUAAAUUAUUACGAUGCAUCCCAAGUGUCUUACUGUGAACCAAGAUUAGUUUGGAUCACUAAGCUUAGGGACCAACCCCCUCAUGGACCAAAUAUAACCUCAGCCUCCCCCUCGUAAUGGAGGGUUGUUGUGUCAUUUGCACUGAUUGAUCUGAAGGAUGUUUUGAAUAAAACCUUUUGUACAAAUCCCUCAA